CUCCUAGACAGAAUAUCUCACAGAAUAACCAAAUGUAAUCCUAAUAUUUGGUUAUUCUGAGGGUUGAACUCGCGACUGCUACAGCAGUACGCCGGUGUAGUUCCGUGUUCCGCCGCUAGGGGGCGGUGUGAGUCACCAUGCCGGUACAGUAACAUGGCGGUCUAAAUGCGAGCAGAAAGCGACUUUCAGCCAAACCGGAAUCAGUGGACACGGCGCGUGUGGUGUUCAUAUUCUAGUCACACGUUAACAGCUGGACCCACACGUCCGGUAACGUCUCCGCGGUUUCGUCGACCUUCCGCCGAGGUUGGGAUUCGAUCCCGAGGAGCCAAACGCAGGCGUCUCGGCUCAGGGUUACGACGCGUUUCAGCCUUCGCCACCGAGGAGUUGAGCCUCUACUGCACGCAGGUGAGGAGACACCUGCUCCAUGCAGGAGGAGGCUUCUGACUGAACCAGCACCAGAACCACCGGGCCGAUGGAUCCCAUUGACUCUGGACAAGGGCAAGACAAGCCGUCAGGUUUAACACCCAGCUCCAGAGGACGACAACGGAGGAAAAAUACAAAAUAUUGUGAUUAUGAAACUGAUGAUCCGUCUGAUGUGCAAAGUGCCCAAGAAAAACCACAAAGAACGAGGUCGGGAGGAGGCAGAGGAGCGGCUUCUAAGAGAACUCCGGCAAAGAGUGGCAAAGCUGAGAACGCCGGACAACAGACCGAAGACGUGGAACCAGAAGCUACCAACGGAACGCCCCGGGAGUCUGAUGGGGAACCCUCGGAGGACACUCCUAAAAAGGCGACGAGAGCCAAGAGGACCCCGGCGAAAAGAACUCCCGCCAAGAAAACUCCCAACACCGAUGGGGAGGGUGGGGUUGUAGACGCUGUGCAGCUGGAAAAUGGGACGCCAAAGCCAAAGAGAAAGUAUGUGAGGAAGCAGCCUACGAUGGAACCGGUUGCAGAACCCCCGUGUGAGGCAGCUCAAGAAGAUCCUCCGAUAGAAGCCGAGGAGGAGACCACACCGAGUGGGCGCCACAGGAGAGGUGCUGCUAAAGCGGCAUUGAAGUACCUCCACAUUUUGGCAAAAGAAGUGCUCAACCAUCCCAGUGAUGAGUCCCAGCCAGAGUGCGACAGUGAAAUCACCCGCAGACACUCGGUGACGGAGCGGAGGAGUCUCAAAGGAAGCAAAGGACGUAAAGGCCAAAAGAGGAAACGUUGUGACAGCGAUGCUGCCGAAGAUGAGGACUUCGUUCCAGGUGUUGAAGAAGAGGAUGUUGAGGAGAUGGAAGAUGAAGGGGAGGCAGAGAACUCAGACUCUGACUCGGGGACCGAUGGAAGAAGUGCAGCCACUUUUCAUGUCCACAAGAGUACAGGCCCGAAUCCCAAAACCCCCAACGGGCUCACAACCAACAUCAUGAAAACGGUUUGGGACGCCACGAAGACGACCAAGAAGUUCCGGGAGGAGCACUACAGCAGCUGGGUGUUCCCAGAGUGGGUCCCCUCCACCAGUGUCUGGAACCUCGUUCCACCGAGCGAUGUGGAGAAGUACCUUCCUCAGGAGCUUCAGUCGGCUGCUUUCAGAGUGUCCCGAGAAGGCCUCGGUAAGGAGGAGACGCCUCUGCAGAGACUCAGCAGGUUCACGGCGGUGCCCGCUCACCCGGAUCGCUGGGACAUGUUGCUGUAUGCGGGUGGACCGGUCUGGGCUAUGGAGUGGUGUCCCACACCCGAUGGUGCUCCGGCAUCCCAGUACGUCGCUCUGGCCUGCCAUCGAGGGAUGGACAACCAGCACUGCGUCAACAAGACGCACGGCGGAGCCGGACUCGUUCAGCUGUGGGACCUGGGCACGCUGGAGUACGACAGCAGACCAGACUCUCAGCCAGCCUUGGCCUACGGCUUGGCCCAGGACGAAGGCUUCACCUGGGCUCUGAAGUGGUGUCCUGCAGGAGGCUGGGAGCUCCCCAGCUGUGGCAGAAAGGCUCCGUUCCUGCCCAGACUGGGUCUUCUGGCGGUCGCCACCUCCACCGGUGUGGUCACCAUUUACAGCCUGCCCCACCCGGACGCUCUGCACUCCAGCAAGAAGGAAACUGGAAAAGACAGUAAACAGCUGCCGAUUUACCAGGCAGAAGGUGUGUUGACGCUGAAGCUGGGCUCCUUCAAAGCCCCUCGCCAUGAGAAGAGUGGACAAGUGCUGUCCAUGGAUUGGCUGCCUGAGAAACCUCACAAUAUAAUGGCUGUUGGAUUCUAUGACGGUGUCGUAGGUCUGUGGGAUCUGUCCACAAAGUCGCCGCUGUUGCGGUUGCGAGAGUCUGAGUCCCUCAGCCUGCUGCCCUACCGAUGCCUCCUGGCUCACGACAACGCCGUCCGGGCCCUGGCCUUCUGCCCCGCCUCCAGAUUCUUGUUGGUGACCGCAGGAGAAGACCGCUACGUGAAGACGUGGGAUCUGAGGAGGCUCUACCAUCCAAUCACAGUCCAGAAACGCUACCUGACCAAUGAGGUCUACUGGCCCCUGAAUGCACCCGGAGUCCUGUUGGCCCAGGAGAACGCCUACGCAGCGUACGGUUCACAGGGAGUGCAUUACUUUGACCAUCAGUUGCGCGCCAUCUUCGCAAUUCCUCGGACCGCCACUCUGUGGUCCAUAUCGUACACCGAGUGGUUGAACAGUGUGGUGACAGCGGACAGCCUCGGGGAGGUGAUCCUCUCCCUCUUACCUCAGAUCGGCAUCAUCCCUCAAUACAUCAAACGCACGUUAGAGAGACGCUUUCCCGUCUACCUCACGUCUCUGGUGCCUCAUGAGACAACCAAAGACGACAAUCAAGAGAUGGGAGGAGUCGAGGAAGAGGAGGAGGAGGAGGGGGGAGAUGCCGUCGAAGAGCAGGACGGAGGAGAGACCGAAGGACCGGAUGCUGGAUCCGCAGGAGGGAGCGAGAACAGAAGAGAUGGAGGAAGAGGGAGAAAGGAUGAAUGUCCUCCUCUGAAGAGCCAGACUUACAAAGAGGCCGUGAAGAGAAACUGGCUCCAGCACACAGACAGCGACAUGCGGACCUUCGCACGAAGCGAGAAGCGACCUGUGUGGAAACGCAUGAAAGACACGGAGCUGAAGACGAAGCUGAACAUGGAUGAGAUGCCCUUAGGUGCACUACACAAGGUGCGUUUCAACCCAAACAUGAGCUGCCAUACCUGGUUGGUGUCCGGGGGCCAGUCGGGGCUGGUCAAGAUAAACUGUGUGAGGGCUAUGAACAGCUCCCAGGCCAAGAAGAUCAUCAGUGAGAACCACGACCAGUUCAAUGCAUUGUACUCUCCUAAAGACCAGGAGGAGCUAUAGCAAGAGUCCAGCUUCACUCCAGAACCAGAAGGUGGAUCACAAACACACAAGCCUGCAAAAGAGUAUUUUUAAGAAUAAGUAAAAGAAUGUUCCCUCAGCACGUACAGUAUACAUCCGCUGUUUUUCAACUGGGCCUAAUCUCGUUUCAAGUGUCCUAAAGACCAGCGACAUGCUUAUAAUUCUGCCUGAAAGUGUUCCAGGUCGAUGGAGAGCCUCGGGGAAGAGUUUCCACCUCCACAAACCAUUUCACUUCCCCACCAAAUGUCUCUCAGAUGCACCUUUAUUUCCGCUCCAAACUUUUUAUCGAAAGCGACGGUUUAUUUGCUUCCAAGAAGUUUGAGCAGCUGGCGGUUUAAGUGCCUUGCUAAACGUUCUCCACCUGAUGCACAUUGAGUCCAUGUCGGGUUUUCGGUUGCUCCAGUUUCUCUCGUUGGGCGUGCAAGUUGCAAACGUGGCAGUGAAUCCAUUUUUGACAGCAGUCCAAGGUAACAGAAAUGUAAAUUAUCAGCUGGAAUCACUCUCAGGAAAAAUAAUAAAUACCUGCAGUGUUUUUAAAUUGAUAUCAACAACAACAACGUCUUCGUUCUGCUGACAUCUAGUGGUUAAAGUUGUCGACUGUGAUGUAGAAGUGUACUUCAGGGUGUGUCAGUGCGCCGUGACAUCACCGGGGGGGUGUGGUCAACGGUGCAACAGACUUAUUUAUUGAAAAGAAAAGGUGAUUUUCCAACAACAUGCGUCCUGUUUUUUUCCCACUUCUCUCAGGGUAAUGCAAAGCAGACACGGCUGAUAAUUCUUCUCUACGUCAAACUUCAAACUAAAGUGUUUCUGUUCACAAAACGGAAGGACUGAGUACCAAAAUGCAAGAAUCUCGGUAAACAUUUUCAUGUUUUUUUUUUUUGUUUUGUUGUUUUUUUUUUAAAAUCGGUAAAACAUUCCACCGCGGCUUUUUUUUUAAAUUUGUGUCUUCGUAUCUGUCGGUCUUACUAGUAAGAGCGCGCAGCGACGAGGACAGCAGCAUCGUAGUUCAGCUCGGUCGGUCGACUGUACAACGAUCUUUGUGUUUGCUCAUUUAUUUUACCGUUAAAGAUACACUUUCCCGAUUUUGUCCCCAAAGUCUCCUCCCACUUUACUGUUGAUGUUUUAAACUGUGAACUGUGCUGCGUUUAAAAAAACAUCAACAGCAAUGAAACAAUGCAUCUUAUAAAGGAAUAGUUCAUCCAAAACAAUACUAAUUGUAUAAAGUUCUCACCAUCACAGGCUCUCUACGGUCUAUUGAACGUUUAGGAGAGCACUUUAUAAAAUAUCUGGAAAGGUUUCAGAAAGGUCCUGUGCAGCAUCGCCCAAGUGUCUUGUGUCCAUUGUAUCCUAAUUUCACUCAACCUUUGCUGAAUAAAGACAUUUUCUGGACUAACCUCUCAUGAAGGAAUUUGUCGUGCAAUAGUUCAGCAAAACCUGUUGUGUGUAGAUUUCCACGAGCGUAUGAAUGGAUUAAGAAGCUCUUGGAUGAUACUGGACAGGAACCUUCUGUCCUUUGGGCGUUUUAUAACCUUUUUAUUUGAUUUGUCUUUCGUUGGACGUCCGUUGAAAUCUGUUUGCACAGAUUCUCUCAGAAAACUUUCUCUGGGACCAGAAGCGCGACUUACAAUUUAUAUUGUUUUUGCGUGAACGCUUCCUUUAAGCCCAUCUUUGCUGCUGUGUUUUUGUAAUUGGUCAUUUCUGUCUUUUAUCAUUUUAAGAACAACUCAGGCUUUUAACUGGGAGGAAAUACUUGACUUUUUUUUUUAGUGUAUCUGUGCUGGAUGUAAUGUUUAUAAACGACAAAUUUAUGUAUUUUUCUUCGUGGUUCUUUUCUCUAGUUGCUGAGUUAUUCCUGCUGCUGUUAUUCUGGUGUUUCAAAGGUUUUGAUUUAUUAUUUAAUUAGAGCAGCUGCUGUAUGGUGACAUGUUAUUGUAUCCAGAAGCAGCUGUUUGUUGUUUAGAAGUUGUCUGAAACACAUCCUCUGAGUUUAAUUAGAGGUUUGAAAACGUUUUAUUUACAAAUCUCAGACAGUUUCAGAAUGUUGUUCAAUAAACGUCACGAUAAUGUCGUCCGUUAUGAUAACCGCUCAUGAAUGACGACAUUAUCAUUAACUUCAUAAAAGCAUCAAAAUGUACAGCGUCUUCUCUUCUGUUGCCAUUUUUAAAAUGUUACAGAUAAUAAAAGUGUUUUUGCAAUAAAACGAAUGUUU